AUGGACGACCGGAAGAGAAAACUUCGCCCCAAACGCGUUUUUGUAAACAACGUUGACAGAUAUUCUUCCAAGCACGUCGCUACGUUUUUGUCAAACUGCGUCGCCGGCGAGCGCGCCGAGGAGGCGGACGGAGACGGAGACCCGACUCAGAGUCGCAGCAGCGGGGCUUUCCAAGUGGUGGGAACCGCGUCCUGCGCGGAGCGAAACGCCGGGGUUCUCCUACAACAGCAUUCGCAGCCGCCCGGAGUGACGUUAGAGCGCCUCCUGGAGUGCGACGUAGUGCUGUACAACAUCACGGAAAAGGCGACGGAGGAGCUGAUGGCAGAGGUCACGUGGGCAAUAACAGGUCUUCAUGCUGAGAUGGAAAGCUUCACAUCUCAGAAAAUAUUCAUCUUGGUGUCUACGGUGAUGACCUGGGCCCUGACUAAGCCAAAGGAUCCGGACGAGUCUGAUGCUCCUCUUACUGAGGAAGACUACAGAAGGAAAAGGCCUCAUCCCAAUUUCAGAAACCACAGCAAUCUGGAGAAACUUGUACUUAAACUUGGUAGAGCUAAAAAGUCCAAACUUAUCAGUUAUGUUGUAGCCUCUGGUCUUCUGUACGGAAAGGAGGAGAAUGUAUUCCACCAGUUUUUCAAGAAGUCUUGGCUAAUGGAUUCUCCAAGUGUUUCCGUAUUUGGACCUGGCACAAAUUACAUUCCAGUGAUACAUGUGUAUGACCUUGGAAGAGUGAUCCAGAACAUCAUAGACCUUAGGCCAAAAUCAAGAUACAUCCUGGCUGUGGAUGAUUCUGCAGACACACUUGAAGACAUCAUCAUGAUGUUAAGCGCUGUGCUUGGGCCGGGCAAAGUCAAGAAAGUACCGAAAGAGGAAGCCAUGCUCAAGGGUGAUUUGGAGCCAGAGGAACUGGACUGCCUGAGCAUCAACCUCCACCUGGAGUCUGUCUGUGUUAAAGACUUGAACCUCAACUGGGCAUGUGAGGCUGGGAUGGUCGAAAACAUGGAACGCAUUGUAGAGGAAUACAAAGACAGCCGGCACCUGCUUCCAAUUAGAAUCUGCCUCUUUGGACCACCGGCCGUUGGAAAGACCACCGUUGCAGAGAAGCUCUGCAAACACUACCAAGUACACCACAUUAAACUCAAAAUAGUCAUCGAAGAAAAGAUUUCCCAACUGGAGGAGAUAUUGAGAGGAGGCGAUCCUGAACGUGACGAUGACGAAGAGGCAGUAGCUGCUGCCAAGGAGCAACUGGAGACUAUUCAAGAGAGCAUCAAAGAAAAUAAAGGUCAACUGGCCGACCAUCUGGUUUGCCACAUUUUACAAGAGAAGCUGAAUUCCAUGCCUUGUAGGAACCACGGAUUCGUUCUUGAUGGCUUCCCCAACACCUAUCAGCAAGCCAAGUUAAUUUUCACCGAUGAGGACAUAAAUCACGAGGAUUUGAAGCCCCAAGAGUCCUUGUACAACAAGAUGAUCACUCCAGAGCAUGUUUUUGCCCUGGAGGCAUCCGAUGACUUCCUCAUAAAGAGAGUGCAAGGCCUGCCACAGGGUGUGUCAGAGAAAAUGCAAUACACCCAGGAGGAAUUUGUCCCUCGUCUGGAAAGAUACAGACAAGGCAGCAACGUGGAUGAAAGCCUGCUGGACUAUUUCGAUGAACUGGAGCUUCACCCAGUCCACAUUGAUAUCAAUAAAGAGGACCCCGAGUACACGGAUGUGAUGAAGAAGAUCACUAAGGUGGUGGGAGCCCCAAGGAAUUAUGGCCUGGGUCCAGAGGAGCAGGAGAAGGAGAGGCAGCUGAGAUUUGCCCUGGAGGCGACGGAGAAGAAGAAGCGUAUGGAUGAGGCUGCUCUCGUUGAGCUGAAGGCCAACUACGAGGAGUGGAACAGGAAUGUGUCAGAGGUGAAGAGGCAGGAGUAUGAGUUGUUAGAAGCUCGUUCUCUUCCACUGAGGAACUACCUGAUGAAGUAUGUGAUGCCCUCCCUCACCGAGGCCCUCGUUGACUGCUCUAAAGUCAGACCGGAGGACCCGGUAGACUUCUUGGCGGAAUAUCUUCUGCGGAAAAACUCUCAAGAGUGAUAGACUGCGGAGGAAAUGAACUUGCAAAAACAGUUAUGACAAGUAUUUAGUUUUCUUAACAUAGACUAAGAGUUUCAUUUCCAAAAGCAAUUAAUUUAUAUACUCAUUUUCUUUCACUGAUAAUCA